CUGAUUUUUGCCGAUUCCCCGGCGAGCUCCCGACUCAACCGCACAUCCUACUCCUGUCCCCAAAUCCUCACAGCUUUCGCCAACUGUAUGGGCCCAGUCCACAGUCUCCUCCAACACCAUCUCACCUACACCCGGGCCCCGUCCCCAUCCAUCAUCUUCACUUCCUCCACGUGGCCAGUCCACGUGAACCAUGUCUUUGGCUGCCGCGCCCCACCCCCGGUGAGUGUACCGCCCCUCGACCGUAUAAAUUCCUCGCCGUCGCCACCCCCACACCCGCGUCACCGCCCCUCCCCUCGCCGCCGACCGAACGAGCCACCCCACGAGCUCCCGCGCGGGUUCAUGUCCAUCUCCCCGCGCGAACGAACCGGAGGAUCCUAUUAUCCGCGCCCGCCCAGCGCUAGUCCUAGCCCUAGCUCCCAGCAUGGCAGCGACCGACGCCGCUACGGUCGCCGCUCCCCUCCGGCAUCCGUCUCGCCUCCCGCCGCCGGAGGGAGCAGCGCGAGCUCCGACUCAGUGGUUCCAGCUAUCAGAGACUCUAUUAAUGCUUCCGAAAAGGUAGUUGGAUUUAGAAUUUCCGGUGAAGAGAAUGGUUCACGUACUCAAGAGGUUGGCAACAUUUCUGAAUGCCACUCUUCUGAACAGGGGAAUUUGAGUUUCCCUGUAGAUAAUGUUGGCUCGGUUCGGGCCUAUCCUGGGAGAUCUGAAAUGGUAGGAUCUCUUCAGACAGACCAUUUGGCUACAUGCUCUACUAGACAUCAGAGCAAUGGGAGUCAGAUAGCUGCUAGGAAGAAUCAGGCUGUAAAUGCAAAUCAUCUUCUGAAUUUCCAAUAUGAUCCUAUUUCUCGUCCACAGCCCAGAGGCCCUAGAACAUAUCCUCCUAGAAGACAAAGGAAGAUCAAACCUUACAACAAGGACCUGUUUCUCCAAGCAAAUUAUAAGUUUGUUGUAUUGGAUACCGGCGAUUACCAGAUUGAAUCAAUGGAUCCGGAUAAGAUGCUCCAGUGGGACGAUAUUAUCUGUGUCAGAUAUUGUAGUCCUUACGAGGUGCAAUGCCCUAUUUGCUUGGAGAGCCCAUUGUGUCCACAGAUUACAUCAUGUGGCCAUAUAUAUUGCUUUCCAUGCAUUUUACGUUAUCUUAUGAUGGGCAAAGAGGACUACAGAGGUGAGUGCUGGAAGAAAUGUCCACUGUGUUUCAUGAUGGUAUCAACUAAGGAGUUGUAUACCGUACAUAUUACUCAAGUUCAGCAUUUCCGUGCUGGUGAUGUUGCAACAUUUACACUUCUAAGCCGGUCAAGAAAUUCACUCACUCCUUCUGUUAAAAGCAGUUCUAGUCAAUGUACUUCAGCAGAUGAAGAUCCGUGUAAUGUUUUCUCCAAGUUUAUUUUGACAUCUGAUAUGGAAUUAUCUGUUCGAGAGGCAAAAUCGGAUCUUAGUAAUUGGUUGCAUAUGGCUGACUUAGGCCUUGUUGAUGACUUGGAGAAACUUCCAUACGUUUCUGCUGCUUUGGAACAGCUGGAAGAAAGGAUGAAACAUUGGAUUGAGAACAGAAAUUAUGGUAGUAGCCCCCCUUUAAAAGAUAGCUUCUCUCCAGGAUCUAGUUACAACUCAAGAAACUCUUCUGAUGCUCAUACUUCGCGCCAGAAUAGUGGGCACAAACUCUCCCAUGUUUCAGGCGGAGAUAUGAUCACUGGUAUUUCAGUGCUCUCCGUGUCUCCCGAGUCAAAUAAAAGCUCCGAUAAAGGAACACUAUCCAAAAUGGGUGAGAAAUGUACCACACCCAUUGAUUCAAAUGAACAUGACUCGUACACAUUUUACCAGGUGUCUGAUGGCCAACACCUAAUUCUUCAUCCACUAAACAUGAGGUGCCUUCUAGACCAUUUCGGAGGUUCUGACAUGCUCCCACCUGGAAUAACUGGAAAAAUCUUGGAGCUGGAAACUGUAACACAGUCUGAGGCUACUAGGAAGCGCUAUCGUUUUUUGAGCCACUUCUCAUUAACAACUACAUUUCAGUUCUGUGAAAUUGACCUGAGUGAUAUGCUACCUCCUAGCUCGCUGGCACCAUUUAUGGAUGAAAUUAAGAAGCGUGAGAAACAGAGAAAAAGAGCUGCCAAGAAGAGAUGCUAGGUUUCGAAUCUACCGAAGGUUUUAUUGCUCAAGCCAUGAAGGGAUCUACACUGUCAUGGCUGCCACUAUGGCUUGAGGACGAGCUGUCUUGCAAGGAGGGGUGAAGCUGUUAUGUGCAGAAAAUAUAGUGCACAACAGGGGUAGUAAUCCACAACUCAGUUUGAUUCACAAUGCUUAUCAUCACAUUAACGAAGUGCUGACCUAAUUGGUUAAUCUGGUAAUUAGCCACACUACUAGAGAAAUGAAUGUUAACGACAGGAUAUUGUUAUUAAAAGUCCAUAUGUGGUCGUUAAAAGUUUUUAAAGACCACAAAAAUGUGGUUGUCCAUGGUCGUUAAAAGCUCCGUCGUUAAAAGAAUUAACGACCAUGAACAAAUUUUGGUUGUUAACUUUUUAAAGAUGGGACAAUGUGUGGUUGUUGAUAAAGAGGAAUCAACGACCACUUUCCAAGCAAUAACGACCACAUUUGUCAUCAUUAACAAUAAUAUGGUGGCUGCUAUUAUAGCAGUAACGACCACUUUAUACUAUAAACGACCAUUUUUUGGUCAUUAUCAUUGUGCACUGGGCAUCAAUGGAGCGUUGCAGGGAACCUAUUUGGCUUUUUCAUGGUAGCAACCACUUUUAGUAAUAACAACCAUUUUUUUUUUAUCACAGCAACAGCCUUCAUUCGAGCACCACUUUACAAUAUUAACAUCCACACAUUUCAUCAUCCUUUAACUUAAAAGGAACUGGAAUGCAUUCUUUAUAUGAUUGAAAACCACAUUAUUAAAAU